AUGCAGUGCCAAAUUUGCAAAAAAGCCGGUAUGACCGGCAACAACGUUAGCCACUCCAACCGCAAGACCAAAACCCGUUGGAUGGCCAAUGUCCACAAGCAAACUCUAGCUAUCAACGGAAAGCCGGUUCGCUUAAAGAUCUGCUCAAGGUGUCUGCGGACUAUGUACAAGCCGCCACGGCCCAAGAAGGCCCGCACCCGGGCCGCUGCCUAA